CAACAAAAUCAAGGGAAAUAAAUUCUUUAAUCACACACAGAUUUUCUUUUCUUUUUCUCAACACUCGAGUAUUGAAUAUUUUUCUCCACAAGUCACUGGACUCUUAUUCCUACAAUUGUCUGCAGGCCGGAUAUUCAAAACCAAACGAUAUGGAAGAGAAAUUUCGUUUAGCAGUAGGCAUUUCAGGGAAUGCAGCCUCUAUGCUACUUUAUGCCGCACCUAUAUUCACUUUCUCAAAGGUGAUUAGGAAAAAGAGCAUUGAAGAGUAUUCAUGUGUGCCAUAUAUCAUGGCUCUGUUGAACUGUGUUCUUUAUACUUGGUAUGGCUUGCCAGUUGUAAGUUACAAAUGGGAAAACUUUCCUGUGGUUACAAUCAAUGGAAUAGGCAUUCUUCUGGAGCUAUCAUUCAUAUUAAUAUAUUUCUACUACGCUUCAACCGAUGGAAAGAAAAAGGUGGCUAUGAUGACUCUACCUGUUCUCCUGCUGUCCAGUUCAGUUGUGCUACUAUCAGCAUUUGCAUUCCACGAUCACCAGCAUCGAAAGGCGUUUGUUGGAAGCAUAGGACUGGUAGCAUCUGUAGCAAUGUAUGGCUCUCCACUGGUGGCUAUGAAAAAAGUGAUACAGACGAAGAGCGUGGAGUUUAUGCCGUUCUACCUGUCACUCUUCUCGUUUCUAGCGAGCUCUCUUUGGAUGGCGUAUGGACUAUUAAGCCAUGAUCUUUUUCUUGCGUCUCCGAAUCUUGUUGGUAGCCCACUAGGCAUCCUGCAGCUCAUCCUGUACUGCAUAUACAGGAAAAGGGGAGGUGUGAAACAGCCUCAGAAAUGGGAUCUCGAAACUCAUUCCGAGAAAUUCGAGCAACAUCUAGAGGUGAAAGAGGCAAACACAGAUGAUAAACCAAUUCAAUAUCUAAAGGUGGAUGAGGAAAAAGAUGAUGAGAAAGCAAAUCAGCUGCAUUUGCAGCUAGUGGUUGCUGAUGCAACAAAAGCAAACUAGGUGAUGUACUUGAGAAUAAAUGCCAUGAACAUGAGACAGAAGUGGGUGCAGAAUCGUUUCGCCUCACCUCACAAGAACGAAUGAGGAAAAAGUUGCGGCAUGCUAGAGAAACUAUAUCUAUAAAUGAAAGUUUGCUAAAGAAUGUACUUGCAAAAGAUAAAAAAAAGUUGUUCAUCAUUCUGUAUAAAACUUGCAUCCUUUUCAACCUA